AUGUCCCCAACUACAUCCUCCCAGAUCUUGGCCAGGAAAAGACGGAGAGGCAUCAUUGAGAAGCGCCGACGAGACCGGAUCAAUAACAGUCUGUCGGAGCUGAGGAGGCUGGUUCCCAGUGCUUUUGAGAAGCAGGGAUCUGCUAAGCUUGAAAAAGCCGAGAUCCUGCAGAUGACGGUGGAUCACUUGAAGAUGCUGCACACUGCAGGAGGGAAAGGCUAUUUUGACGCGCACGCCCUUGCGAUGGACUAUCGGAGUUUGGGAUUUCGGGAAUGCCUGGCCGAAGUCGCCCGUUACUUGAGCAUCAUUGAAGGAUUGGACGCCUCUGACCCGCUUCGAGUUAGACUCGUCUCCCAUCUCAACAACUACGCCUCCCAGCGGGAAGCCGCGAGCGGCGCCCACGCCAGCCUUGGACACAUCCCCUGGGGGAGCGCCUUCGGACAUCACCCGCACAUCGCGCACCCCCUCUUGCUAGCCCAGAACGGCCCCGGGAACGCUGGCGCGGCGGCCUCGCCUUCGGAAGCGCACCCCCAGGGCAGGUUGGCGUCCUCACACCCGGAGGCGCCCGCCUUGCGAGCUCCGCCUAGCGGCGGCCUUGGACCAGUGCUCCCUGUGGUCACCUCCUCCAAACUCUCCCCGCCUCUGCUCUCCUCGGUGGCCUCGCUGUCCUUCCCCUUCUCUUUCAGCUCCUUCCACCUGCUCUCGCCCAAUGCACUGAGCCCUUCGGCACCCACACAGGCAGCAAACCUUGGCAAGCCCUAUAGACCUUGGGGGACUGAGAUUGGCGCUUUUUAAAGAACUGACAUUGUCUUAGAAAGUGGGAGGACGGGUAAGCUUAACAAUCCCAGCUGAGCUGGACUGUUGCCAACAUCACCUUAAAGUCAUCAGUUAAAGUAAAAAGGAAAAAGGUACACUUUCAGUUAAACUCUGUUUAAAGACUAAAGGUCUGUUGGUUUUUGUGGUUUUUUUUCCUUUUUAAAUUUUUGUACGAUGUGUAUUAGAAGAUUGGAAAAAAAAACGGUUGCUAAGAUUUUGUUCAGGACAUUAAAUGGACACAGUAAGUAUAAACCAACACUUUGUGAUAGGUUUAGAUUGUGCCUGAUUGACUUUGUAAACACAUCUAAGAAUGAUUCCGUUUAUUGCCUCAACCAAUUUUGGACAAUUUAACCAGUAAUUUGUUUCUCCUUGUAUAAUUAGUUUCUUUUUAGAAUUAAUUUUUUCCAGACCACUAUGCUUAAUGUUAACAUAAUUCUAUUUGUUAAUAUUUUGACAGAUUAAGUUGUUGUAUAAAAAAAAACUUUUUUUUUUCUUUAUUGGGGGGGCGGGGGGAGGGACUUUUCCUGAAUUUCAUAUUUUUGAACAAAGCGUUGACAAAUCAGAUGAUCAGCUUUAUCCAAGAAAGAGGACGUCUCAGUUCCAUGCGUCCUAUAGCAAACAGUAAAGUGCGUGUGUUCAAGACCUUCAGUGAGUGGACUUCCCCCUCUGAGUCCCAGUCACUGCUGUCCUCUGCUGGAACUUGAAUUUCUGAUGUGGUUUGGAGAGAGCCCCUGGCAGUUUAAGCCUCUGCUAGAAUAUUGGUGGGGAAUGAGAGUGAAGAGAAUCUCACAGAAUAUGCCCCACCCCAACCCCUGUUUCCUAGCCCCCUGCAAUGCAAUGGAUGUGGAAUCCCAUAAACCUCACCUUCACACACGGUAGAGUGGAUAAGUGAUCGUGGUGUACAAGUGGUCAAUGGAGAGGCACAGUGGAACCCGUUAAAGGCACAGCCUAAUUUCCCGCGAACGUCCAUAUUUUCUUCCAACACGGAAGCUUUCAUGUUGUGUCUCUCUUCAGUGGUCGUUGAGAUAACCUGAAAGGGCUUUGCUGUGCUUCCUGUGGUUCACUUCAUUGAUGCAGGCAAUCCAAGGGUCAUUUUACGGGCUUAUUCCUUGAGCAGGGCAGCUUGACCUCCACUGAACUGGGUUUGACCUCUGUUGUACUCAUGUGUGCUGUGACUAAAUAAAAAAGAACAAAUUA